UCUAUAUAUCUAUUAUCUCCCUCAUCCAACCACAUUACGCGCGGCACAAGCACCACCGAAACUAACUCAAACACCACCACACUUCUCUCUCUCUCUAUAAACCCCCUUUCUCUACCUUCUUCCUCACCCUUUCCCUCUCUCUCUCUCUCCCUCUAGGCAUUGACUGUGUUGGCUUGACGUACAUACAUACAUUACACAUCUAUCUGCUCGGCCAUAUACAACAAAGUUAAUUUCUCCUCUCAGCGCAGAAUUGCAAUGGAAUCACCGGAUUCACGUCAGACCUCAUCUGCUGAGGUACCGCCAAUGAGAUCACCUUCUCCUCUCAGCUCGCCAACUCGAGAAAAUACAGCAAAGAAUCUAUAUCUUAGGUUCCUUGUGUCUAAUGCUGAAGCUGGUUCUGUAAUUGGAAAGGGUGGCUCUGCAAUUAAUGAUCUUCAAACAGAAUCUGGAGCACGCAUUCAGUUGUCACGCAAUAAUGAGUUUUUUCCUGGAACAUCUGACAGAAUAAUUAUGGUAUCUGGAGCAUCUAAUGAAAUACUCAGGGCUAUAGAGUCUAUUUUGUCAAAGUUGCUGAAAGAGUUUUAUGUAGAAGAUGAAGAGACUGACCCACAGUCGAAACUCAGGCUAAUUGUACCAAAUGGCUCUUGUGGUGGUAUUAUUGGGAAGGGUGGUGCUACUAUAAAGUCAUUUAUAGAAGAUUCUCAUGCUAACAUCAAGAUUUCCCCUCAAGAUAUCAAUUUCCCGGGGUUGAAUGAUAGGCUUGUAACACUCUCCGGAAACCUAGAUGAACAAAUGCGUGCUAUUGAUUUGAUUCUGUCUAAGUUGGCUGAGGAUCCUAACUAUAUCAAUUCUUUUACUGUCCCAUAUCCUUAUGCAGGUGUUUGCUUUGCUGGUUUUCAUGGUGUUCCAUAUGUGUUUAUGCCUCCUUUUGGAACAGCAGCAUACCAUGGGACAAACUACGGAAUGAAUGGCAAUGUCGGGAAGUAUCAGAAUAUCAAGGGAAGUCCAACUAGCAGUGUCACCAUAGGUGUUGCAGAUGAACAUAUUGGAGUUGUUGUGGGCCGUGGUGGGAGGAACCUGACAGAAAUCACUCAGGUUAGUGGGGCUAGGAUCAAGAUAUCUGACAGAGGCGAUUUCUUAUCUGGAACAUCCGAGAGGAAAGUGACUAUUACUGGUCCGCAAAGGGCUAUUCGGGCUGCAGAGUCAAUGAUCUCACAAAAGGUUGCUUCGGUUUCCGAAAGGUGAUGCAUUAUUGUUGACGAGUGGAGAUAAAGGUGUUUUCAGUUAUCCAACUUGGGCAUGCAUGCAUUCAUCAAGUUCCUAGGAGAGAAACACACAUAUAUUUGGGUAAAAUGUUGAGACUAGUAAAAUUGGUUUAUUUAAAAAGAGAAGGAAAAAAAAGAUGGGAAUUUUAUUUAAGAGGGGUUUGGUUUCACAUUUAUUCUGACUUCUAUAGAUAAUCAACAAGUAAAAUAUUGGUGGUAUGAGAUGGAUCUGUUGGGUACUUUGUUUUCAUUAUGCCGUCUUGCAAUUUGAAUUGUUUUGUUGUCGAUUAUUCUAUUGUUCGGCAGAGUGGGAUUGUAGUGAGGCUAUUGAAUGGUUGUUAUUAUUUUUUGGAUUC